CGGCGGGCGCGUGACGUCACGGAACGUGGCAACCGGCGAAGACAGAGGCAGCGGAAGAGGCGGCAGUUGGAGAAGAGGCUCUCGGAGUGGGAGCGCUGGCUUCCCUUCUCCCAGAAGGAAGGCCCAGGUGGCAAGAGUAAUCAAUGGGGCUACUGGGCUUAUAUUCGAGGCGCCUCUAUGGACUAUCUUUCCAAACCGGGGCUUUUUGGGAUCGUGGCCAGCGUCGCCUGUGGGGUUUGCCUGGGCUGGAGCCUCCGUUCCCGCUUCUUCCGGACGCCCAAACCCCGAACAACAGCGCCGGUCACCAAUGAACUGGGCAAUGAAGCCAGCGUCAUGGGGGAAUCUGGCGAAUUCAAGAUGGUGAUGGUGGUCCGCACCGACCUGAAGAUGGGGAAGGGCAAAGUGGCCGCCCAGUGCGCCCAUGCCGCCGUUUCCGCGUACAAACAGCUCCAGCGCAGAAACCCCGAACUCCUCAGGCAAUGGGAGUAUUGCGGGCAGCCAAAGGUGGUGGUCAAAGCCCCCGACGAAGAGACCCUCGCGCAGCUCCUGGCCGAAGCGAAAGGCUUGGGGCUAUCGGUCAGUUUGAUCCAAGACGCCGGUCGCACUCAGAUCGCCCCAGGAUCCAGGACAGUCCUGGGCAUCGGACCGGGGCCGGCCGACAUCGUGGACCGGGUUUCGGGACACUUAAAACUGUACUGAGCGUCCGGCUCAAAGAUCAUGAAUUCAGGGGUUUUGUAAGAAAGCAAACCCUUUGCGCCAAACUUGAGACUUGGGGUCUUCCACUGAAUGGAAGGAAGGUAGCCCCAAAGUAAGGAUUGUCCACGUAAUCAUGGCCUUCUUUCAAUACGCUCAUCCAAUAAAGCUUGGGGCAAUAUUUUGA